AUGUCAGCCCCAGACUCCUCCCCAGGGGCCGCCGUGCCCGGUGCUGGGGAUGUGAAAGAUGUCAGCCCCGCUGUGCGCAACACCGUCCGACUGUGCCUCAGCGCGAAAGAGUACCGAGUCCUCUACGACAUUGCCGUCAAACGCGCCCCAGCCCUGAAGAAUAAAUUGCCUUCAUCUCUACGCGAUGAUCCCGCUGUUUUUGCGCGGAACCGCCAUAGCCUGGCAGCCGUCCGCGCAUCGUUUCGUGUCUUUGUUGGCUCGAGCGUCGCGUUGAAGCUGGUGGAGAUGAUCAUGAGUCGGGUUAAAGGCAAUGCGUUACAGAAGAAACCUCGCACCCCCCUCAUCCGCUCUCCGAAUUUCCGCCUUUCCUUCUCUCUAUCCCUCCUACUCCUCCUCCACCGUCUCCUAUAUCGCUUCCUCGUGAGACUGCGCGCGAAUCUCGGUACUGAUGAUGCCCGUUCAUUCCGUGAGCGAAAUCCGCGGGUUUCGCGUGCGUUGACAUCGCAGUAUGCCCCCGCCAUCGGAGCCAGUCUGGCGGGUUUUGCGUUGGGCGUUGCCCCGCAGGACCAGCUCCGGUUGACAGCUGCUAUCUGGACCUCUACGCGCAGCUUGGAGUAUUUGUUCAAUGCGAUGGAUUCUAAGGGGUGGCUGGAUGGUCGCCCAUGGUGGUUCGGCAGCUGGCUGCUAAUGCCGAUAUCGUGUGCACAGCUCUUCCAUGCGUUUGUGUUUGAUCGGGAGACUACCCCAGGCUGGUUUGGGAAGGUUAUCCUAAGACUAUCUCCCAGUUAUAUCCCCAGCCGACCGGAGUCGCUUCCUGUCAACGUCUCUUGGCCAGAGAAGGAGGAGAUCGUGGACUCGCUUGCGUCUAUUGCGGACCUGCGUUGGCCGGCCUUUGUGUCUCCAAUACUCCACCCGACCGAUCCUAAUACCUUGCCAGCAGCGGUCAAGUCCCUCUCCCCAAUUACUGGGCCUGCGCAUCCCUCGAUCACGAGUCUAUCAUGCGCAGUUCUCCACCCGAGUCUGCCUAACUGCAGCACGGCAUUUUUGCAUCACAUCUUGCACUCAGUGCCCCUGCUCGCCCGGUUCCUUACAACCAUUACCCUGGCUCUGAGCAUCCCCAAGUUCAAGAGCAUCCUUGCACAGCCCGUUACAUCUAUCAAUGCUAUUUCCAAGAAGAUCAUCAUGCUGACAAUUGUCCUCUCUGCCGCCAUUGGUUCCUCCUGGGGCAGCGUCUGUUUGUUCAACACAACACUCCCCCGAUCAACGCUCCCCACCAAACGCUUCUUCCUGAGUGGUGCAUUGGGUGGUCUUCCGUUUUUGCUCAUGGGUAACAGCCGCAGCUUAUUCACAUAUUUCUUCCGUGCGGCUCUGGACUCGGCCUGGAAGACCGGGAUCAAGCGCAGACUGUGGAGGGGAGGACGUAGCGGUGAGCUAGCACUCUUUGUCAUGUCUUGGGCGCUGAUGGGCUCGAUCCUGGAGGCGAACCCAGACGCAGUUCAAGGUGGCGGUCUGCGAAAGGGAUUGACUUGGCUGCGGGGCGACGGAUUUGCCGAUCCCAUUGAGAUGGAGAAGCGCAAAGCUCGUCGCGCAAAGAAGACAGAUGCGUGA